UUUGGCGCGGAGCUUUUGCGCGGCGCGCUGCAGUGAGCCAAGGCACGCGUGCGGUACGUGAUUGCCAUCACUGGUAAAAACGAGUUGCGACGCGAACCUGUGUCAGCAACAGCUCCGUACGCAUAAAAAAAAGGCAUCUCAAAAAGGCAGCCAUUAAAAAGCAGCGCGUAAAACGCCGACGACGCGCCAAAGCUCAUAGAAAAUGGCCACGCACGCCGGCGCGCCCGACAAACCGCCGCCACCACCAUCAAACCAUCUCGCGCCCGAGCGCUUCGCGGAACGAACUUUGGUGCUACUAGACGGCGCCGAGGGCCUUUUAGCAAGGUGCCACCGCCUCGACCGCACUCUAAGGUCCAAUGACAAGUGCCGGGCCGUGCGCGAACCGGAGUGGAAGGGCCUGCGCAGCAAGCUCGCGAAGGCGUUUCCCACAUUGCCGGAUUUGACCAAGGACGCGAAGCUAGAGAGUUUCCGCGCGCGGGCGACGGAGACCGCUGCCGAGUUGAGGCACGGUUAUGAGCUGUUCGUGGACCUGGAAGCGCACUUAGCUGUGCACUUGACCACUCUCAGGGCCAUGCUCGGGCAACUGAGGCAUUAUUCUCUGGACGAAGGUCGGGAGACGACUCGUUCUGUCUUGAGGCUGUUCAAUGCCUACACGCGGCUGUUGAAGUUCGCGUCCACCAUUCCUGAUCGGAAGGCAUUGGUCGCUUUGUACGCGUGUGCCCUCAAAGCUGCCUCGAGGCCGUUGCCUGGCAACUACGAGCCUGUGGCCAAGAAACUCUUACCUCGAUUAGAUGAUUGCUGGCGCUUUUGCGUCGAGGCCUUCAAGGAGCACGUGGCUACUUUAUCUUCGCUCGUAGCGCAGCAAUUGGAGCUCGUACAAUUACAUAGCGAGGGCGCCCAGUCGCUAGUAAGGAGGUCCGCUCUCACAUUGUUGGAGGACGCGUCCGGUUUACAGAAGCCGUCCGAAGCUCCAUUGGAUACGAAGCAUAAGGGUCGGAGGGACUGUCGGACUUUACAUGGGGAAUUGCUCGAGGCGCGACUCGGGUGUGAUUUUGCGAUCCUAGCGACGUUAGCGUGUCCCGGGGUUGUGUUCGACGCCCAAGGUCUUGCGCUCUUAGUAUCGAAGAUGGCCUGCGAGGAUGCGUUAGUCAUGCAGCUGUAUCGCUCGUCGACGAUAAAUGUCCAUAGCGAGUUGGAGGCUCUAGGGAAGUGGUUUCCGCCCCGGAACUACCCGCUGCAACGGCGCGACGUCAAGCUCGCAAAACUAGCCAAGGAGUGGUCGAAGAACGCGGUAUUACAUAGUGGCCUGAAGCAUCGGGAGAGACGGGCUUAUCUACUCGGUGAAUUAGAUGUGGCCCAAGGGCUGUUGGUCGCCGUGCCGGGGUUGAGCACGGCGAAGGCGCCUUUGGUGUUAGCGUGUUGCGCCCUAGCUCGGGACGAAGUGCUGUGGGCCUUACGGCACGAUCCAACAAGAGGAGGCGCGGCGUUACCGCCGAAACAUCGCAUGAAGCACUACGACGAAAAGCACUUCGAAAGUCCAGACUUGCCGCAGCUGGCCGACGCGUUCGUGGCCCUGGCGGCUCUACUCAGAAGAGAUCGCAAAAAGGUCGCGUCUUACCACUUAGCGUACGCGUCGAAGGCCGACGCCGAAGCACUACAAAAGUUCGCUGGGAAGGCUUCGUCGACGGCGCCGGCGAACUGCGCUUCGAUGAUUUCUUCACUUGCAUCUAGAGUAGCUUCCGUGAACGACGUCGAUGCAUGCGUCAAGACGUUGCUACGGGCGGAGCGCGACGGGCGGUUUGGCGGGGGGGAGCUGAACGCUGAUGCUGUCCAGGCGUCUUCCAUAUUGACAUUAAAACUAGACUGGCGGAGAGUUCAGGCUCGACUAUCUUGUUCUCCAAUACAAGGGGACCUCGCGACGUUCUGCCGCUGGGCGAAUGUCAUGUUGGAUCAUUUGUCGUUGGCCGACGGGUCUUUGUUGCUGGAGCACUGCGACGCCGGUGCGUUGUGGCCCUUCAGGAACCAACUCCUCAGAAGGUUGGACGCGACGACCGCGCCAGAAGGGCCGUCUCGGUUGGUUAGAACACUCCUAGAAACGUCGAGAUAUGCGCGACGAUGUUUGGGCCACGGCGCCUGCGAGGCCGACGCCAUUCAGCUCGAAUCCGAUUCCAAGUCGUUAGCUGAAGCUGUUUUAGAUAGGUUCGCGUCAUGUGUCCAGGGCUGCCUGACGAACAUCACGAAAAGUCUUGAAUCAUUGGCAGCUCAAAUAGCACCGGUCGAGGCGGCGUACCGCCAGGAGCGGCGCGAAGCCGCGUUGCGAGAAGCCGCGAGGAAGGGUCUCGAGAAGCCCAAGGAAGCACCUUUAGCUGGUUAUGAGUCUCAUCCGCGCAACGAACGGGCCAUCCAGCCGCUCGUGAACGCCGAGACGCGCCUAGCUUCGUUGCUGGAGGUCGCGCGCUGGGAUUUUAGUGACAGAGAAGACGCGCGAGGCGUGUUCGGCGGCGCGCUCGUCGUCGGAGACGUCCGAUUGCGACCGCUGGAGUACGCGAGACAAGCCGUGACCACCUUCUUGGACCGGGAGAUCCCGAACGCGUUCUUCUCAGGAAACCAAUUCACACGACCGACGACCGCGGAACGGACCUACACGUCACUCAUGGGCGCCUGCGCGCGAGCUGCGGGCUACUUCGACGUGGACUACUGCGGUCAUGUGUAUGAUAUGCUGGGUGGCCCGCCGGGCUGGCAGAAAGAUCCGAAUCUGCCGUCUGCUGCUGAUAGGGCUCGAGGAGAACCGAUCGGCUCUGUAUUAGCUGAGAGAGUGGCAGAUCAAUAUGUCCGUAUUAUAAGAGCUUUGCCAGCUCAUGUAGUGUAUUGUCCACAACAUAGGGCCUGGCGGUCGACGUACGUAGCGCCCGAGAGCAAAAAAAAGCAGAAUGAAGUGUUGCCGAAGGAGCCGUCUUUAGCUGAGAAAGUAUUGCAGGGGCCCGAGCUCGAAGCUUUAUUAAGGGUGUUGGGUGCGGACGGUGCGCGCUGCUUGGACGCCGCAUUUACAAGGGCCGCGGUCGACGAGAUGGCGCGGUGCGUGCGCGGCGUCCUUGUGUUUACGCCAUCGAGCAGACGCCAUCACCGCAUCACACACGCAGGUGCAAGACGGCCCUCGCCGCCAAACAAUUAAGACCGAUCUUCGAGCGGGUCCGGAAAGGUAGUCUGACAGGCGACUGGGUGCCAGCUUCCCAGGACCUGAAGACCGCCGGCGUGUUGGAUGCGUUACUAGCUGCCUGUGUGAGACUGGGCAACAUCCUAGCUUUAAGGGCACUGACGAGGGAGUCGCACGCGCGAGUCUCGCGGGAAGCGUGUCCCCACUUAUUAUCUUCGGCAUUGCUAGCGUUGGACGCCCAAGGCUCGUCGAACAGUACCGCGGCAGCACCGUCGUGGCUCGUGCCGCCCCCCAAGAAGCCCUACGACCCUACUUAUCUUCCCCCUGUGGACGACGACGCUUAUGAUUCUCCCCUUUAUCGUGCUUUGACGGCGGAUUCACCGUUCGGUGUGGAGCACUACGAGCGGGACGGGAACUUGCAUCGGGAGGCCGCUGCUGUUGUGGAAACAUCAGAGGAUUUCCGCUACACCCCUUGGGCUUUGGCUGUCGCGAUGUCUGCCGACGCGUGGAAACCCGCGAGGUGGUAUCCGGACCUCGCGUGCUGCUCGCCCGGUCUCCACGUGAUCUCCUUCGCGCUGCGAGCCUUGGCUCAUGUUUCUUCUGGGCCGUUAGAUGAUCCUCAGUCCCCCAAAAGGGCGCAACAGAUGGUCGCCGACUUUGUGUCGUCGGCGUCGUCCAUCGUGACGCAUAUGAGACUCCAUGAAAAAUCGCCGGAGUUUAUGGAUUUGCCGCUGCGGGCGCAGUACAUGGUCAUUGAAAAUGCGGCGGUCGACGGGAAUUUGCCGCGGUCGUACCUCGAGCGGCACCUGCCGUACGCGGCGAUCCACGCGGCGCUGAUGGACAUCGCCAUGGGCCACCAGACGGCGGCCGACGACGCGAAGGCGCCGUUCACGCCCGAGGUCUUUGAUCCGUAGAUGGGGGGGGCUAAGUAAGUAUUGUUAUAA